UUGUAACGUGUUUGAUGUUGAGUGAUUACAGGUUUUGACUUGAGACAAUGAGUUGUCAACACUCUCUGAUAACAUUGAGACACUUCACUAGAUAGAGAUGUGCUUGCUGUGAUUAGUAUAGUACAAUUCUGACUUCACGAUAAUUUCAGGUUUUUGUGUUGGCUGACCAGAUGUAUUGCAGCGAUCCUCCCCAUCCCUUGCACUUAGUGGCAUCAGACAAACAACAAAAAGACCACAAACUGAUCCUUUCCUGGAAGAAACCAACAAUGGACUCAGACCCACUCGGUGUUUUCCCAAAUUCUCCCAAGUAUCAUCCAUAUUACUCGCAGACCACGGAGUUUGGUGGCGUAAUCGAUUUAGGUCUCAGCCUGAGAACCAUACAACAUGAGAUUUACCACUCAUCUGGCCAAAGAUAUUGUAGUAAUGAAGGAUACAGACGGAAGUGGGGUUAUGUAAAGGUCACCAUGGAUGGUUUGGUGGUAGGUCGCAAGGUCUGUGUUCUUGAUCAUGGAAGCUAUUCAACUCUUGCUCAUCAACUCGAGGACAUGUUUGGGAUGCAGAGUGUGUCGGGAUUGAGGUUGUUCCAGAUGGAGUCUGAGUUCUGUUUGGUCUACAGAGACGAAGAAGGUCUGUGGAGAAAUGCUGGGGAUGUUCCAUGGAAUGAGUUCAUAGAAAGCGUGGAGCGGCUGAGAAUCACAAGAAGAAACGAUGCUGUACUUCCCUUUUAAUAUUAGCUUCUCUCUUUCUUCACUCUUUGUUAUAAUUUCCAAGUCAGCCUUGAAUCGGAAAUGAAACAAAAGAGAAAAGGUAAAUGUAACUUUGAAUACGAUUAUAUUCGAAAUAAAGAAAGAACCACGAACUACUUUUUUCGGUGAAAUCCUGAUCACUAGAGCUCCGAUAUGUUACGUCUGGAUUCUCGUCUUACCAUGAUACGAAGAUAUUGUGAACCAUCCAGUUUUAAGAUAUAGUGGUGUAAUUACGAUGGUGAAUUUG